AUGGCGAUGGCGAUGGCGAUGGCGAUGGCGAUGGCGAUGGCGACGGCGACGGCAGCUCCGGCGUCUUCCAAGUGCUACUUCGAGACUUCAACAGAAAAAUUAUUUGAACUUGAUCCGGAGAUUGAGAGAACCUUCAGGGCAUUGAGAAUUCAAGAGAAAACUUUAGAAGACUCUAAGAGCAUUUUAUUACAUUUAGAUAUUCCCAUGGCUGAUCAUAAUAGAACCAUGAAGGAGCUUGCAGCUCCUGAUGAAGCUUUCAAGUACUCAUGCAUUACUUAUCCAACUUUGGCAGGAGAUUUUGAGUUAAGAUCAGGAUUAAUCCAUUUACUCCCUAAAUUUCAAGGGUUAUCUGGAGAAGACCCGAACAGACACUUACAUGAAUUCCAUGUGGUUUGUUCUACGAUGAAGCCACAGGGUAUCUCAGAAGAGGACAUCAAGCUAAGGACUUUUCCAUUUUCAUUAACUAGAGUAGCAAAAGAUUGGUUGUACUAUUUGCCACCAGGAUUUAUCACCUCUUGGAUUGAUAUGAAGAAGGCUUUCUUGGAGAAAUUCUUUCCAACUUCUAGGACUGCUACUAUCAAGAAGAGUAUCUGUAGAAUUCAACAAGUGGUAGGGGAGACACUGUAUGAAUAUUGGGAGAGAUUCAAGAAGUUAUGUGCAAGUUGUCCUCAACAUCAAAUUAGUGAGCAAUUACUAGUCCAAUACUUUUAUGAGGGUUUAUUACCUAUGGACAGGGGUAUGAUAGAUACAACAGCUGGAGGAGCUUUAGUGAACAAAACUCCAGAGCAAGCAAGGGAGCUUAUCUUGAACAUGGCUGAAAAUUCACAGCAAUUUGGAAGUAGAGCACUCACUACUAGAGGAGUUGGUGAAGUUCAAAUGGUUUCUAAUGAACAAAAGGAGAUAAGGAACUCAUUGAUGGAAUUAACCUCAUUGGUAAAACAAUUAGCCUUGAACAAUGCUACUCAAUCUUCUAUAGUUCCAAAUGUGCAAUUUCCAUUUAAACAAAGUGAGCAAUCAUUUCAGCCUUAUCAACAGUUUCUAAAUCAAAAUCAGCAACAUCAAUUCCAGAAUCAGAGUGUUCAACAGGGACUGAAUUUUACACAGCAAGUACUUCCAGCAUCUAGGAGGUUGAGUUUAACUCAAGGAGGUUCCAGUAAUGCUUCUAAUUCUGAUGCACAGCAAGCCAGAUUGGAGGAAUUGAUGCAACAAAUUCUUCAACAGCAACAAAAUCAGCAAAGGACAGAUUCAGCAAUUCAAAAUAUAGAAAGGCAAAUAGGACAAUUGGCUUCCAGCAUUAAUCAGAUUCAAGCUCAGGGAUCUAGUCAAUUGCCAUCUCAAACAACUCCUAAUCCUAAAGGGAACGUUAGUGCAUUGACUUUAAGGAGUGGUAGAAAAGUUUCAGAAUUUUCAAAAGAAGGAGUUGCUGCUGAAAAUUUUCCAGAAAUCCAGCAACAAAGUUCCAGUAGUGAAGAAAUUCCAGAAGUUCAGAAUGUGCCAACCUCAAGCUCCACUUCAAUUUUCAUCGAUCCUGUGAAUUUGGAGCAUGCACAAGGGAGUAGAAGUCGUAUUCCGGAAAUUUCCAGCAACUUUAGUCCAGCUGAACAGUUUCCAGUAGCAAACCCAGAUUGCAGCAAAUCUGGAAAUUCAAGACAUCAAAAUUCAGUUCAGAAAGAUAUCGAGCUAAGUAUUCCAUUGCCUUUUCCUCAAAGAAAAAUUCAACCAAGGAAGAAUAUAGAAGAGGAAAGAGCUAAGGAAUUUCAAGAGCUUGUUAACUUAUUUAGCAAGGUGGAGGUAAAUGUUCCUUUACUCACAAUGAUCAAGCAAAUUCCAAAAUAUGCUAAAUUUUUGAAGGAUCUUUGUGUGCACAAGAAAAAGUUGAAGGGGAAUGAGUUAAUUAGCAUGGGCAAGAAUGUAUCUGCACUUCUUUAA